AUGAGAAAUAUAUAUUACAAACUGGCGCAAGAAAAAGCCGUUACUGAAUCUGAUAUCGCAAUUUCAUUCUCUGUCCGAUUUUGGCUAUUUCUUAUUACAGAUAUUCUUGCAAUUUUAUGUUCUUCAUUUAAUCUAUAUCAUCUUCUUUUUGAUCGCACACUACGUCAAGCUUUACAUAAUCAUAUUAUAAUUGUUCUUCUCUUUGCGGGAUUGAUCUAUCAGUUAACAACUGUUCCCUUAAUGUUAUAUUAUUUCUACUGUGGUAACGGUUGGAUAUUAACAUUAUCUCCUACAUUUGCUCGUUUAUGGACAUUCGUCGAUUAUACCUGUUAUGCGACACAAAUCAUUGGUUUUGCUUGGGCAUGUAUUGAACGACAUAUUCUUAUAUUUCAUCAACAAUGGUUAGCAACAAGAAAGAAACGAUUUUUCCUUCAUUAUCUCGCAACGAUAAUCGUUUUCACUUAUUGCUUUAUUUUUUUCUUUGUAUAUAUCUUAUUUCCAGCAUGUGAAGGUAUUAUAAAUCCAUCACCAUUCAAUGGAGUUCCAGUCCCCUGUACGCUGUCAGAAUCUUUUCUUGGAAAAUGGGACACAAUCUGUCAUGGAAUUAUUGCUACAUUUACUAUAGUUAUUGCUAGUAGUGCACUUUUAUUUCGUGUUUUAUGGCAAAAAAUUCGAUUAAAUCGUGCGAUUCAAUGGCGAAAAGCUCUCCGACGUCAUCGGAAAGACCAGGAUUCCGGGGGCAGAAUCCUGUCAUUUCCGACAGCUGGAACUUAUCGUAUCCGACAACAUCCAACAGCCGGAUUUUGUCGGAUUCAGCAGCAUAUGACAACAACAACCAUUACAUAUGGUACUUCCGUUAAUUGA